UGCGUAUUAUUACAAGAACAUACAAAGUACUAGGCCAAUGAAAUUCGUUAGUAGCACCGUUGAUUUAUAUAUCAGUAUGUACGUUGUGUUCCGUAUGUUAAGUUGUGGUUUUUUUUUUAUAUGUGUUUAAUAGAUUCGUACUACCGUCUAUCGCGUCCUUUAACUAUAUAAAUAACAGAUUUGGUGAAAAGUACCUUGGUAAAUAUGCUGAAGAGUCAACUUAUACAGCAGCAACUAUCAAAUGAAUCAAGAGACGAGUCAUCGUCGUCCCGAGUAGCUGCUCUGUUUGGGUCUGACGAAGAAUGCGAGUUGACAUCAGAUGAAUUGACUUCUGGAGACGAAGACCCAUCGUCGGGUAGUCAAUCGACCAGUAACCGGCGGUUUCCUAUUAUAGAUUCCCGGAAGCCCUGCACCGUUACUAAUUCCCGAGAACGCUGGCGACAACACAAUGUCACAGGCGCCUUCGCUGAACUCCGAAAGCUCGUGCCAACUCAUCCACAUGACAAGAAACUAUCGAAAAACGAAAUUUUAAGAAUGGCAAUUAAGUAUAUUCGCCUUUUAAGUGGUGUACUCGAAUGGCAAGAGAGCCAACAAGAUAUCAGCAACAAUAACGAGGAUUGCGUUGAUAAUAACAUUUACAGAUUGCCGCAAAAAAAAUAAUACUCAACAAAGUAAAAUCAAAUUUCAUUAAGCUAAUUAUUAAAAACUGAAAAAAAAUCCUGUACAUAAUGAUAAUGUUAACUAAUAUUAUAAUUACGAUAUUCCUGUCAGGAUCGAAAAGAUUUUCUCAAAAAUCUAUAGUCAAAUUUCUAAAAAUGUUUUAUUAAGGAACACCCCAAAAAAAGGGAAAAUUUAGCCUUUGGCCGUAGUAAAUUUCCAGGUAACUAUGUGUGAGUGAAUCAACAGACAACAGAUAAUGAACAUACUUUUAUUUUAUUGUAGGAUACAUAGGUAAAUUAUAAUUCGCUUUGAUCUUUCUUGCAAUGAUAUUUUGCGCAUCAUUACUUUAAUAUAAGCUUUCUGAACACAACACGCAGCACUACAUAGGUGAUUCGUUAGUCGAAGUUUAAUUUGUAUGCUCUAUACUACCAACUUAUUAAAAUAUAUAUACUUAGCAUUUAAAUAAUUUGUAUUCAUUGUAAACAUAUUAUAUUUACGUUUGCGAUAAUUGA